AGCGACAGGAGAUCAUGUGUUGAGAAAAACACCGACAAUUUGAAAUCACAUUCUUAUACCACCGAUAAAUUAACAAUAAUUUACGACUUUUGAAGAGUUUUCUCUUACUUUUGGAUUGUUCUUCUGCCAAGCGAAUGAACUUUGCGCCAAUUCGGCAUCCAAAAGGUGGAUUGUUUCCUUAAAUAACAAAAAUCGCCAGAGAUGACGGGCUUCACGGAAAACGCGCUGGUGAAGAAGCUGACCGAGUUGAACCCGUCGCAGCAAAGUAUUCAGACCCUGUCUUUGUGGCUGAUCCACCACAGGAAGCACCACUCGGUCAUUGUUAAAGUGUGGAUGCGGGAGCUCGUCAAAGCCAAGGAGCAGCAGAAGCUGACGUUUAUGUACCUGGCCAACGACGUGAUUCAGAACAGCAAGAAGAAGGGGCCAGAGUUUGGCGACGAGUACCGCAGCACCCUGACCAGAGCCUUUGAGCACCUGGGCUCGGCAGCCUCCACCGACGACAAGACCAAACAGGGUUUACUGAAAAUUCUCAAAGUCUGGGAAGACCGAGGCGUCUACGAGCACAAACUCAUAAAGGAAUGGAGAAAUUUCAUAGCUCUGAGUUCAAAAGCUGUGGAGAACGGUGCUGGACCAGCACCAAAAAAGGCCAAGACAGAGAGUAAGCCUAUGGAAGUUAAGGAAAAGGAGCGGCGACACUCGGAAACAGUGGUCGAGGUCGACGGCAAAACUGAAUCACACAUCAUCCUAUCUCCGGCACACAACCCACCAGGCGAUCCUCCUGAGCCCGAGGAACUAGUCAAAGCUCUGCUGGAUUUAGAGAGAUCAGCUUCGAGUGACGCAGCUGUGAGAGAGAAAAUUGCCAACUUGCCUCCUGAGGUUUCCAGGGUGGACCUCCUAAGCAAGCUCAGAGACAAAGACGAGGCGCAGCAGCUAAUUCAGAGGGUAGGCGAGGCUUUAAGUUUGCUAAACGACUACAAUGCACGGCUGGCAGCUGAAAUGGAGGACCGAAAAAAAUUGAAGUCGAUGUUGCACGAUUUUCUGCACGCCCAAAAGGAGCUUUUGUUGCAGGCUGAGGAGCGACAUGUGGAGUACAUCGAAAAGUUGGCCAAGGUGCAGCAGGUGAAGGAGGAGCUCAAAUCACACCUGCAGAAUCUGCCUGAGAUGAAUGCUGAAACGACGGGGUCGUUGGCUCCUCUGCCCUCAGCUGGUGACCUUUUCAGGAUGAACUGAACUCGGGAAAAAUGUUUUAUCAAUCAACCAUAUGUGUUGAAAGUUGAAAAAAUCUUAUUUGGUAUAUAUUUCUAGAAUGAGUUAUGCCAAUUACUGCAAAUCGAAGUUGUGAGGAAGAUAUGAAUAUUUGAAGAAAAAAUAAUAAUAACGAGAAAAUAAUCGUGUAUAUGGCAAAUAAAAUUGCACGGAGAUUUACCCUGUAAUAUUUACAGCAUAAGCUUCGAGUUUCCUUGAUUAAAUGAAAAAUUUCAAUUAAGAGUAAAGAAACAUUUUCAUUAUUUUUUAUUUUGAAAAAAAACUGCAUUAAAUUGCAGCUGGAUGCCAUUAUUGCAUUGUAAUUAUUUCAAGUGAAAAUCUGUAUUUUCUUUUUUCAAAACGCACCUUCAUUUAUCACUUCCUUGAUUCUGUGUUUUGAUUUAGCAUUUGUGAAAUGUAUGAAAAAUAAAAC